AUGACUCCCCCAACCACUCCGAAUGGCUCCCAGGAGGAUCUGUCUCCAGAGCCUACUGGCGCGCCAAUUUUUCACAAUUUUUUGAGGGCCUUUUAUCCCUUCCAUCCAAGCUAUGCUGUAUCAGACUCGAGCGUGACUCUCCCCUUGGAUGAAGGAGAUGUUGUCUUAGUACACUCAGUUCACACCAAUGGAUGGGCGGAUGGAACGUUACUGGCAUCUGGCGCAAGGGGGUGGCUGCCAACUAACUACUGCGAAGCCUAUGAGCCGGAGGACAUGCGAAAUCUGCUCAAGGCGCUUCUCAAUUUCUGGGAUUUGCUUCGAAGCACCUCGAUCAACGAUAGCGAAAUGUUUCGGAAUCAAGAGUUUAUGAAGGGCAUCAUUGCCGGUGUGCGGUUCCUCCUGGAACGAACUGGCUGUUUGAAUAGAGAGUCAAGUGUCGUGCAACGGAGCGACGCCUUGCGUAAAGGACGCAAGUCAUUAUUGUCCGAAUUGUCAUCAUUGGUGAAAACGGCCAAACGGUUACAGGAGAGCCAAAAUGGAACUCUGUAUCCUCCCGAGGAUGCUAAUGAUAUUAUUGACGAAAUGAUUCUGCGAGCUUUCAAAAUUGUGACGAAGGGUGUCCGAUUUCUUGAUGCACUGGAGGAGGAUAGACGGUCCCGUGUACCAGCAUCAGUUACUGUCAUGGCAACUGUUGCUGAAGAAUCAUUCAUACCGCCAACACCGCCUGCAGAUCGAACCCAUUUCGAGGACCAGAAGUUGAACAAUGCUUCCAGUGAAACAGGCUCACGUGCCUCGACGACUGACAAGGGCAACAGUGUCACGAGUUUGGCGACGCCAGAUUCCGCUGAAGGCGGCUGCGACUCGCUCGGGCCCUGGGCUCGGCGCAUGUCGUCUCUCAGCGCACAAAGCAACCACAGUCCUUUGACGAGCUCUGGCCAAAGCGGAAAUCCACAAAGCAGCUUGCAGAGCCACCGCCUGUCUGCAGGAAUGGCGCACAGAGUUUCACUUGCUGGGCCAUCCCCUUUAUCCCGACCACACCAUCUGGUAUCCGAACGCCUCAGCCGCAGUCAUGACAAAUUUCUCUCACACCUUGGCUCGUUCAUCGGUAGACUACACCUACAGUCACAAUCACGACCAGAGUUAUCAUUCGCCAUCAAGCAGUCGGCUACUUCGGGCGGGGAACUACUUGCUGUGAUGGAUCAUGUAUGUGCCUAUAACAACUCCAGUGUGGCCUCUUUGAGCAAGGCUCGCGUGGCUAUGUUUGAGCGUAUCCAGAUUCUUGUCAUUUCAGCACGAGAUACGCUGGCCAACGCUGCGACAGAAGGUGCGGAUUUGAUCAUGCCACAAGACAAUGGAAUCUUGCUUAUGGCUGCCACUGGUUGUGUCAGAGUAGCUGGUGAAUGUGUUGCUAAAACGAAGGCCGCUAUUGAACGCGUUGGAGACUUCGAAUUUGAGGUUGAAGGCUUUUCUCUGGGUAUUGAUUUGAGCAUCCUCGAUAUUGCAGAAGAACGAGCUAGAACACCUUCGGUUGCCGAACGAUCAGACGCGGUUAGCAGCACUGCCGAAUCAUUUCAGACCUGCGAAUUGUCUGUUGUAGCACCACGACGACUUGUUGCUCCUGCCGCCACUGACAAACCGCUUCCACGAGUUCCCCGUCUCAGCAUUCCUGAGAACAUAGUUCGCCAAUGCAGCUCUCCUAUUUCUUCUCGACCUUCUUCCAUACACGACGACAAUGCUUCCAGCGUUGCUUCUUCAGUCUCAUCGAUUCGUCCAGCAUUGCCGACACCACUCAAAUCCGCCAAUGCACCAAACCAUUUUGAACAGAGCGAGUUGGGUAUUGACACUUCGAAAAUAGAACAGGAACAGCAUGCAGCUCGUUUUGACACCCUAAUUGCCUCAAGCGCGGGAAGCAGCGGUACGUAUCUCAGCAGGGACUCGGAGGCGAGCGUUGCAUCACAGACUUCUACUCGUGCAACGACUCCGGACCACCUCCUAGCACCUCGUAACCAGCCGUCCAUGUCAGAUAUGAGUGCCACGGGAAGCUUAUCACAAACGGACGAACAUGAUGAUGUGGAAACGAGGCUCUUGGAGAAGACUUUUGCUCAUGAGCUUAUGUUUAACAAAGAGGGCCAAGUGACCGGCGGCUCACUUCCAGCUCUGGUUGAGCGCUUGACAACGCAUGAAUCCACACCGGACGCCACUUUCGUAUCGACCUUCUUUCUCACUUUCCGUUUAUUCUGCACGCCAAUAAAGCUCACGGAGGCUUUGGUCGAACGGUUUGACUACGUUGGCGAGUUCCCUCACAUGGCUGGUCCAGUCAGACUCAGGGUCUACAACGCGUUCAAGGGGUGGCUUGAGUCACAUUGGCGAGACCAAACUGAUCGAGAGGCUUUGAAAUUAAUUAUCCCUUUUGCCGAGUUGAAGCUUACUUCUGUUCUCUUAUCUGCUGGGCGCCGGUUACUAGAACUGGCCAAGAGGGUCUCUGGAGAAGGCUCCCUCGUCCCGCGGCUUGUAUCAUCGAUGGGCAAGACCAACACAUGUAUCGCGCAGUAUGUGCCUGCAGAUACUCCUCUUCCUCACCCUGCAAUCUCUAAGAGCCAACAACACCUGCUCACUGCUUUUCGAACUGGGGGCAGUGGGCCAAGUCUGCUUGACCUCGAUCCUCUUGAGGUUGCGCGACAACUGACGAUCAAACAAAUGAGCAUCUUUUGCUCCAUUUUGCCGGAAGAGCUACUGUCAUCACAGUGGAUGAAGAAGGGUGGCGUUGAUGCCCCAAAUGUGAAGGCUAUGUCAGCCUUGUCAACGGAUCUUUCUAAUCUGGUUGCUGAAACCAUUCUUCAGCACUCUGAAAUCAAGAAGCGCGCCGCAAUUAUAAAGCAGUGGAUCAAGAUAGCCCACCAGUGUCUUGAACUUCAUAACUACGAUGGCCUCAUGGCUAUUAUUUGCACCCUGAAUAGCAGUACAAUUAGCCGACUGCGCAAAACAUGGGAUGCCGUAUCUACCAAGCGGAAGGAGAUGCUUCGGCAUUUACAAGGGAUUGUGGAGCCCGCGCAGAACAACAAGGUCUUACGCACUCGGCUUCAUGACCAUGUGCCACCAUGUCUUCCCUUUCUUGGAAUGUAUUUGACCGACUUGACCUUUGUUGACAUUGGUAACCCUGCUACCAAACAAAUGUCCCUUGGUACGGAUAGCGAGGAAGACGGAUCUGGCGGCCUGACUGUGGUCAACUUUGAUAAACACACACGUACCGCUAAAAUCAUCGGCGAGCUGCAGCGUUUUCAGAUUCCAUAUAGACUUAUGGAAGUCCCCGAGAUGCAGGACUGGAUUACCGCACAGAUCAACCGCGUGCGCGAGGGUGACCAGGGAAACGUCCAGGUUACCUACUACCGGAAGAGCCUCCUACUUGAACCUCGUGAGAGUGCUCCUCGACGAGAUGCAGAACCCCCGACUCCUGUCACCUCUGGGGCAGGACCCUCCAGAGGAGACCUCUUUGGGUGGAUGUCUCGUGAUCGAGGUCAAACGCCAACCCCGGCUCAGGGCUAA